GAUAUAUAUUAACGCGUAUAUGUGCAUAUAGUUAGAGGUGAUUAUUUCUCAAAUGUUAUGAGUGGUGCAUACGUCGUAUCUACCAUUAUUUGUAACUGGUGUUAGUAACAGUAUAGUACAAUAAUAAUUAAAAACGCAGAAAACAAACUUUGUUAGGACCUAAAAUUGUAUCUUAGUAUUUUGCAUAUACUUAGACUUACUAGGUGUACGAUACCAACAUUUUUUUUCAGCAAUAUUUUUGUAAACAUUUUCUGUGAUGUGAGAGUUCAAAGGCAAGUGUGUAUUUUCUUAGUGAGCAAAAAUCGGAAUCGUUGCAACACAAUCAUUUCCGUAAUGUGUAUGAGUAGUUUUGGUUUCGGGAGGAAUAUGAAUGUAAUCAUAAAUUUUACUUUACGCAAACUGACUUAAAUGUGAUUAUCUGGUAAACCUGAUUUAAGCUAAUUUAAUAAGACUUUGUGCCAGAAUUUAUUUUAAAAAAAUAUCCACGUCAAAAAGUUAACUUCACAGAAAUCAUCUUAGAGGGGGUUUAGAAUAGCAUCUCUCGAAUUCGGGGUUAAAAUGGAUAUGUACAGAUAGAGUAACCUCCUCUCCAGAUUAAGAAAAAUAUUUAGAUAUGUAUGUAUCGUUGCCGCUCACUUAAGGCUUUUGAGAUAUUUGCAUUUAAAGUUCAGAAAUUCAGCUAUUUGAAUAGUGUAUCUCGAGAGCUCGAAGUAACUGAAAAACUCAAUGUCAGCACAAAUUAACAUUCAGCUAUGAACACAUCAUCAAAGGCAGCAACGAAACUAAAUAUUAGUGAAGCCAAAACAUUUGAGUCGUUCGAAAUAAUAUCACCAUCUAUUGAUACAUCUUCUAGUACAGUAACAAUUGAGUCCAUUACGGCGCACAUUUCUUCCAAAUCUUCAUCGCCAUUCAAUGCUUUAGGAUUUAAAGAUUCUUCAAGGCAAUCGCCGUUAUCUGAAGCAACCGUUCCUAACUAUGCUGGUGAUUUAAAUACAAAAAGUUUAUUAAAGUCUCCAAUAUCAUCUGGAACAAGAUCACCAACUGACAGUCCUUUACUUCCAUUUUUGAACGAUACAUAUCACCAUAAUAAGCAACAGAUUCAGCAAAGAGACAUCAUUUUAAAUAACCGUUUCGAGAAUAUGCUAUCAUCAUCGAGCAAUAACAAUCAGCAGACACCUCCAACUACUACUACAGGAGUAGUCCUACUUGCCAGCAAUGCAUCAUCACCCUCUAACAGUAUUAAAAAUAUUAAAUGUGAACCCUUUUCAACACUAUCACCGCUUAGUGAAAGCGUUAAUAGCCAGAAUAUGUUAGACGAAACGCCUAACAACAACACCUUAAAUGGGUCUAGUACUGUUGUAUUGGAUACUGUUGUUAAGCGAGAGAGAGAUUGCCCUACGACAUCCACUACCGCAUCCACAUCAAUUAUGCGUCAAAAUUCCAAUAGUAACAUAAAAUCGUGUCCUAACACUGUGAAUGUCUCCUCGCCAAACAAUGGUAGUGAUCAUUCGAAUAGUUGUAGUAACAUUUCAUCCAAUUUGUCACAAGCAAUAGAAAGUAGUGCAGAUAUUCUUCAAGAUCUUAACAAACCAGACAAAUGUGAUAAUAAAAAGAAAUCAAACAUGAUUAAUAUAGCAACUGUGAAAGAAGAAGACACUGGUGUUAAGUCAUUGGAAAAUAAUGGUCUCACGGGAUCUUCAACGAAAAAUGUUCUGUGCACAACGACGGCAAUAAGCUCAUUGUCUUCUGCAAAAGAAGAAACCGGCGGUUUGAAUAAUUUAAUGAACCUAAAGAAAGAAGAGGGAAAUGUUUCACCAGACAUAUCGCCGGCUGGUUUUGGUUCGAUUCCCAACUUGUCUAGCAGUAACUCAGUGGAGGUCAGAUCCUGCACACCAGUGAAACAGGAAGAUGUAUCCAACACAAAGACUAUUACUAAUUGUAAUAAUAACAGCACGAAUUCCAAUAACAACCACGAAAAAAUAGUUUCUGUAUUGGGUUCUACCAAUAAUGGAUCUAGCGGAUGUGCAGAAGAUUCACUUUCUGUAUCUGGUACUACUCCCUCCCUUGUUAACACUUCGAGCGACUCUUGCGUUGGCGGAUCACAUCAUUCGACAGGAAAUGUAAUAAAUAGUAACAAUAUUACUAGUGGAGCAAUUUCAAAUUGUAUGGAGUAUAUGCAGCAACAAAAUCAUAUUUUUGUAUUUUCAACCCAGCUGGCAAAUAAGGGUGCUGAAUCAGUUUUGAGUGGACAGUUUCCAACAAUAAUAGCAUACCAUUGCACACAACCAGCAACAAAGGAUUUUCUGGAAGACUUCUUUAUAAAAAAUCCUAUGAAAAUAUCUAAAUUGCAGCGUCAAAAUACUCUUAAUUUAUGCAACAUAUCAGUAGGUUCCGGUCAACAAUGGGUUGGAGGUUGCAAUCCACUACCAAAAAUGUCUCAAAAACCCAAUGGCAAUAAAAUGAAUUUUUCGGCUAUGACCGGUAAUUUAGAAAGCAAACUCUCUCUUCGACAAUCCAAUAUUCCUAAUUUUAAUGAUGUCUCGGAAAACUUAAAUAGUAAUGAAAACGAAUUAAUGUGUUGGGAACAGGGGAGAAAUAAUAUGGAAGGAACAUCUAACGACGGCCAUACAGGUUUAAAAAUGACAAAUGGCGUCGAUGGAGUCAUAGAAGGCGGUUCUCACGCUGUUAAUAAAUCCCUUACUGCCCCCGAAGCAGCGAGUGUGAAUAACGAUAAUAGUACACCUUCACUACAAGGUAUUAAAGUGCCCGAUGAAAAUUUAACACCGCAACAACGUCAGCAUCGCGAAGAACAAUUAGCCAAACUAAAGUAUCAACCUCCUAGUGUUAGUAAUAUGCCCAGAAGUUCAUUACCUUGUCACACCGGAGGAAAUAAUACGGGAAAUUGUGGCGUAAGAGAACAUCACUGGGCUUGUGACUUAUGCCGCUGAAUUACCUGAAAUAUGAAUUACUUUAUUGAGAAGGCACUUAACAGUACCCCACAAAAUAAUUGGGCCGGUUUAAGGUCUGUGAUGGCCUUGUAGUGCGGUACAUGGAGGUCCAAAUUACAACACCAAUUUUUUGAGGAACGUAUAAAAGGUAACAAGAGUCAGGGACCAAACGAUGGAUGGCGCCAACAACAUUUAUAUUGUUCAAAUUCUGGAAGUAUAGACCUAAUAUAUGGUGAACAGGCACAAACUGCACCAAGGGCAGCUGUCAGCAUCGUUCAACACAGUCCACCACCCUAUCAUCCUACACAGCGUUCGGCGUCAGUACCCAUAGCAACACAGUCUCCAAAUCCAUCUAGUCCUAAUAACCCGACGUCAAAUGCUAACGGUGAACACGGACGGACCAAGUGGGUUGCAUGGAGUAAUGCCCAAUCAUCGAAUGAUGAGUCGCAUGCCCAGAUGAAUUUUAGUAAUCUUAAUGUUUCUGCCAAUAUACAAGUUAAGGCCAGUACACCGAAUACCAUACAAUAUAUGCCAAUACGCGCUCAAAACAAUAAUAAUAGUAAUAUACGUGUUCCACCGAGUCUGGAAUUCUUGCGAUACACAAAUCCACAAAUUUGUCAAAGCAGGGUCAACGCCGGACAAAUCUCUACAAACGCAAAUUUACUCCCGAAUGAACAUAAUUCGUCCAUGCAAUCUCCAGUAAAUGGACCAAUUAUGAUGAGUAAUAACAGUAACAUGCUCUCGAAUGCAAUUCAAGUGGGCAACAGUGCGCCUCCCGUUGGGGGAAAUGGCCCAGCUGACGUAAGUAACGUUGGCUAUAAACCAUUUGUUGGUCCAGCUUCGAAUGAUCUUAAGUAUGCGCAGCAGUACCAUAGUUUUCAGCAGCAAUUGUAUGCAACAUCGACGAGAAGUCAGCAAAAUACCGGCAAUACUAGUAUUGGAAGCAAUGUAUCGGCCAAUCCCACUUUUUUUGUAAAUAAGUGAAUUCUAAAUUUAUAAAUACAAGCUAAGUUAUCCAC